AUGGGUGAUGCUGCCAUGGCAGAGUUUGGGGCUGCUGCUCCUUAUCUAAGGAAAUCUGAUAAGGAGCGUCUGGAGGCCCAGACUCGUCCCUUUGAUAUGAAGAGAGAGUGUUUUGUACCUGAUCCAGAGGUCGAGUACGUAAAAGCAACCAUCCAAAGUCGCGACGGUGACAAAGUCACUGCUGAGACUGAAUUUGGAAAGACUGUCACCGUGAAAGAAUGUGAUGUGCAUCCUCAGAACCCACCUAAGUUUGAUAAAAUUGAAGACAUGGCGAUGUUCACCUUCCUCCAUGAGCCAGCUGUGCUGUUUAACCUCAAAGAGCGUUACGCAGCAUGGAUGAUCUAUACCUACUCUGGGCUGUUCUGUGUGACUGUCAACCCCUACAAGUGGCUGCCAGUCUACAACCAGGAGGUGGUUGUUGCCUACAGAGGAAAGAAGAGGAGUGAAGCUCCUCCUCACAUCUUCUCCAUCUCUGAUAAUGCCUAUCAGUACAUGCUGGCAGAUCGAGAGAACCAGUCUAUCCUCAUUACCGGAGAAUCUGGAGCUGGAAAGACUGUAAACACCAAACGUGUCAUUCAGUACUUUGCCAGCAUCGCUGCUGUGCCCACUGGGAAAAAAGAUGCUGCAAGUGAAAAGAAGGGUACCCUGGAGGAUCAAAUCAUUCAGGCCAACCCUGCUCUGGAGGCCUUUGGCAAUGCCAAGACCAUCAGGAAUGACAACUCCUCCAGAUUUUUUAAGCAGAAGCAGAGAGAGGAGCAGGCAGAAGCUGAUGGAACCGAAGAUGCUGACAAAGUUGCAUAUCUGAUGGGCCUGAACUCUGCUGACCUCAUCAAAGGUCUCUGUCACCCAAGAGUCAAAGUAGGGAAUGAGUGGGUCACCAAGGGACAAAAUGUUGCUCAGGUGUACUAUGCCAUCGGUGCACUCUCUAAGUCGGUUUAUGAGAAGAUGUUCCUGUGGAUGGUGAUGAGAAUUAAUCAGUCUCUUGACACCAAGCAGCCACGCCAGUACUUCAUUGGAGUGCUGGACAUCGCUGGAUUUGAGAUUUUUGAUUUCAACACCUUUGAGCAGCUGUGCAUCAACUUCACCAAUGAAAAACUGCAACAGUUUUUCAACCACCACAUGUUUGUGCUGGAGCAGGAAGAGUACAAGAAAGAGGGGAUUGAAUGGGAGUUUAUUGACUUUGGUAUGGAUCUACAGGCCUGUAUUGACCUGAUUGAAAAGCCCAUGGGUAUCAUGUCCAUCCUUGAAGAGGAGUGCAUGUUUCCCAAAGCCAGUGAUGCUACGUUUAAAGCUAAGCUUUAUGACAAUCAUCUGGGGAAAUCCAACAACUUCCAGAAGCCUAGAGUUGUCAAAGGAAAACCGGAGGCACAUUUUUCCCUCGUUCACUAUGCUGGAACUGUUGAUUAUAAUAUCAACAACUGGCUGGUGAAGAACAAGGACCCUCUGAAUGAGACGGUCGUUGGUCUUUUCCAGAAGUCAACCGUUAAGCUUUUGGCGAUACUUUUUGCAAAUUAUGCAGGAGCUGAAUCAGCUCAAGAAUCUGGUGGAAAGGCCAAAGGCGGUAGCAAGAAGAAAGGCUCAUCUUUCCAAACUGUUUCUGCUCUUCACAGGGAGAAUCUGAAUAAAUUGAUGACCAACCUGAGGUCUACCCACCCUCACUUCGUGCGCUGCAUCAUCCCCAAUGAGACCAAGACCCCUGGGGCCAUGGAGAACCCUCUGGUGAUGCACCAGCUGCGCUGUAACGGUGUGCUGGAAGGCAUCAGGAUCUGUAGGAAAGGCUUCCCCAACAGGAUCCUCUAUGGAGACUUCAAGCAGAGG